ACUGGAGACAGCCGGGCCCAACCGGGCAGCACAGGUGGCCCCAGAGAAUGUUCGAGGCACCUGCUGACAGUCAGGGAGGUGACUCCAGGCACCAAGGCACGCACAUAGCUGGCAGGCUUGCGGCCCGGGCUCCAGACUGUGAGCCUGAGCAGGAGCCCUCGCGAGCAGACCGGCAGCCCCCCGGCAGGAUGAAGGCGCUCUCAGCUCUCCUGCUGGCCCUCCUGCUGUGCAGGCAGCCAGAAGCGGGGCUCACAGGCAUCCCUGUGUGGCCAGGCAUGGGGCAGGCACAGGACGAGGAGGAGGACGAUGAGGACAUCGGGCAGGACGGCUACGACGAUGAGGAGGAGGACGAGGAGGAGGAGGCCAGUAUGGCUGCAGGCGGCGGGGACAGAGAGCUGCUGCAGUGCUACUCCUGCCAGUCCCUGCGCAGAGGGGAAGGCUGCGAGCAAAUUCAGAACUGCGUCCACAGCCACAGCUUCUGCAAAACCCUCAUCUCCCACGGAAACACCGAGUCAGGGCCUCUGACCACCUACUCUGUAUGGUGUACAGACACGUGUCGCCCUUUCACCAAGACACUGGAGGGGACCCUGAUGACCGUGACCUGCUGCCAGUCCGCCCUCUGCAACCUCCCACCCUGGCAAGACCCCCCAGGCAGCGGGGCCAGCAGCGCCCAGGGCAGCCGCACCAUGGUGGUCAUCGCCCUGCUGCUCGGCCUCCUCUCCGGCCUCCAGGCCAUGGGGUCCUGAACAGGUCGUCCCACCCGCACCCCAGCUCCCACUCUGGAUGGCCAGCACUCUGUCCAGUGCCCGACCCACUCGCCCCUCCUCCCAGCCCCGGUUUGGCGAAUAAACUCGGAGCAUCUUACUGGUCUAGCCAGCACUGGCCCUUCCCA